AUGGAUCACCUGAAAGCUGUUACCUUGCAAACGGGGCAGCAGCAAACCAUACCUGACCCCUCAGAACAGCCAGAAUGCCUGUCAGAAAUUGCACAUGCUCCCCCUCCAUCUAGUGUCGAGGAAACCUCAGAGUCUGAAAUGGAUGCAGCCUUGAUACCAUUGCCAGAAAAAGAAGAGAAGGAGACUCUUCGAGAAGUUCUGGAAGCAAGAGACCUGUCAUGGUCCAGUACACACCGCCUGUGCCUGAGUCCAAGAAGAGAUUUCCAGCUGAUCAUUAGAACAGGUAAUUCUGAUGAAGACUGGGGAAAAGAUGCUGAAGGGCAGAAGGUUGCAUUUGAUAGAAAAGACUAUGAAGAUGACAGUGAAGAAGUUGAAUUUGAAGAUGAAGUUAGCUUCGCAAAUGUAACACAACUUGAGCAACAAAUGCCAAACACUACAGAUAUGUUGAAUAAUAAAGAUUUAACAGCCACAUUUUUUAAGAAGAAGUUGCUUUUGGAGAACCCAUUACCAGUUCCUUGUAGCCAGCCAAUGGAUGAAGGUUCCUGUUCACACUAUGAGCUACUGUGGUAUUAUUCUCCUGAAAGCAAUGAAUGCAGACCAUUUGUGUACAGUGGAUGUGGAGGGAACAGCAAUCGUUUCUCUUCAAAGCAAGAAUGUAUAGAUAGAUGUGUGGAAAGAAAGAAGGAUUGACACCAGGAGGAUAAAUGAUGACCACCUUCUUAUUGUACUAUGACCCAGUAAAGAAUUGAUACUCAGUGAGUGUGCCCCUGUAUUAAGAUAUGGAAUGACAAUUUGAAUGAGCUGGGAAGAAAUCUUUUUCAUGAAGACUGACAGCUCCUACUAUACAAAGGCCAACAGCUGGGAAUGUUCUAAUUGUAGACAUAUCAAUUUAUAGGAGAUUCAAAGAAGUUACUGUGUGAUUUUAACUAUUGGUGCACCGUUGAUUUACAUGUAUGACAUG